AGCUACAUUUCUGAGCCUGGAGCUAAAUAAGAGGCUGAUCCUUUGAAAUCAUAAUGGUUUCCUCAAGAACUUAACAAAUUUUCAUUGGUUUCUGUCCUGGAGAGAGUUGCUGUGUUCUGUUCUGAGGUAUAAAUAAGUCCAAUGCAAGGUCCACGAAGCACUGGUGAUUCAUCGACUGGAAUAAAUUAUGCAGAUGGUGAACCCAUCUGUAGCACCAAUUCAGAGACCACUUCAAAUAGCAUCCUGAAUCCAGUGGAUGUUCAGUUUCCAAACAAUACUACAGGUUCAGGACGAUCAACGUACCCAAGCUCUAGCUCGCAUGUUGUUCAAAAUCACAACUGGUGGAGUUUUGGUGAAUCCAGCUCUAGAUUGGGGCCUUCUGAUCAAGUCAAUUCCAUUGGUUCAAAGACAGAUCGCCAGCUCCCCUCAGAUGGCUAUGGAUUUGAGGAAGGGCAAUCAGGUAUCUUGUUACCUGGAGAGUCCUUUUUGCGUGGGUCAAGCUCUAAUCAUAUGUUAGGGCAUGUAAAUCUGGGCAAGGACAUGGACGUUGGUAGUGGUCUGCAGACUUCAGGGGUCGUUAUCCGCCAUAAUAACUGUGAGAGUUCAUUGGGAAGCUCAAGUCAAACCGCAGAGGAGAGAAGCAGUGGUCCAGGCUCUUCGUUGGGUGGUCUAGGCUCAUCAUGCAAAAGAAAGGCUCUUGAAGGAGCUCCUAGCCAUUCUUUUCCUGGUGAAAGUCAUGGUUGCUUUUUUCAAACUGAGAGUGGUGCUUGGAAUGAGGGUCUUGCUCAAUAUGAUGCUUCAAGUAGCUUAAGUUUGUCUAUUCCCUCACAAAAUUCUCCAAAUGUUAAUAAUCAGUCUGGUCUACCGGAACCAAGAUUUGGAUUGGGUGGUGGAAGAGCAGUUACAGCAAGUGCUUUUCCUUCUACAAGAAGCACUGAAACCAUAUCUAGACCCGGCAGGCGGUUAAAUCCUGGGCAGCCACCGGAGUCAGUAGCAUUCAGCUUCUCACAGUCCGGUAGUUCUGUGCGUCAGGAACAGCAGUUACCAGCAACUUCUCCUUUUGUUGACCCUCUGGAUGCAAGAGCAAUACCAGUUACAGGUAGCUCAAGCAGUGGUGAUGGUCAGCCAAGUAUGAUCCACCUUCCUGCAUUGACAAGAAAUAUACACCAAUUUGCUUGGAGUGCUGCUUCCAGUUCGAGAACAAACAAUAUGCCUGAAGAGGGAUUUGGACCACCAUGGGACGUGCCAAGAAUCAACUCAGAGCAGCCAGUCUUUACUACACCUGCAACUGAAACGAGAGAUCCAGUGCAGGAUCAAUUUAGUUGGAGUUUCACUCGUGGAAACCCUAGUACAUCGGGAGAUUCUCCCUUUGUUCCUCGAGCAGGAUCAAGUUCAGGGAUCCAUGGUUUGCAGCCGAAUCCCACUUGGGUUACUCCCCAUAAUCAAUCAAGAAUAUCAGAAGUUGCUCCGUGGUCUUUAUUUCCUAGUAUCGAAUCUGAAUCUGCUACGCAUGGUGCUUCGCUUCCAUUACUACCCACAGGGCCUUCUGUUUCUUCGAACGAAGCUGCAGCGCCGUCUGGAUCUAGUAGUCGCAGUCAUCGCUCUCGACAAAGAAGAUCAGGAUUGUUACUGGAAAGGCAAAAUGAUCAUCUCCAUUUGCGUCACUUAGGAAGAAGCUUAGCUGCUGAUAAUGAUGGAAGGAACCGGCUGAUUUCCGAGAUACGGCAGGUGUUGAGUGCCAUGCGAAGAGGGGAGAAUUUACGGUUUGAGGAUUAUAUGGUAUUCGAUCCACUGAUCUACCAAGGUAUGGCCGAGAUGCAUGAUAGGCAUCGGGAUAUGCGUCUUGAUGUUGAUAACAUGUCGUAUGAGGAGCUAUUAGCACUUGGGGAACGCAUAGGAGAUGUGAGCACUGGUCUAAGCGAAGAGGUGAUCCUGAAAGCAAUGAAACAGCACAAACAUACAUCUUCUGCUGCUGGAUCUCACCAGGACAUGGAGCCUUGCUGUGUCUGUCAGGAAGAGUAUGCAGAAGGCGAUGAUCUUGGAACCCUGGGAUGUGGUCAUGAAUUUCACACUGCCUGCGUCAAGCAAUGGCUGAUGCUCAAGAAUCUCUGCCCAAUUUGUAAGACUGUGGCUUUAUCUACAUAAAAGCACCGGUCCUUCAGCCUCGUCCUCUUUCCCUAUCUCCUCCCAACCCAAAUGUUAUCCUUGAAAUUAAAGAAAAAAAAGGAGAAAAAGAGAUCGCGAAGAGCUCGGUUCUGUCUCACCCGCAUUGAUAUUAAGAGAGAGUUGAAACAAGGAAGGGCGUGUGAUGAAUGAUCCCUGUGUAGAAGCAUCAUGUUGGAUUACAUAGGAGAAGAGAAUAAAAACUGUCAUUUUAC